AACUCCAAUACAGCACGACUUCAUCGACGUUGUCCAGAAUAUCAACGCCUGCAGGGAGUUAUCAGUGUUCUAUCAGUCUCAUCAUUGGCUAUAAUUCGUGAUGUCCUAUGGAUGGAUGGAAAAGGACCAUUGUCUACAGAGUCCCGCAUUACAGCGUUUGAGUUAAGUUGUCUAAUUAAAGCAUUGCAUAGCAGUUCUUCAAUGCGUGAUGAAAUGUUAAAAAAGUUGCAUAUCGAUACAAUUUGGACUGAUAGCUUCAAUAACAAACAGUCUUAA